CCAAAGCUCGACACCUGCUGGGUUCACCCAAAACCCAGGACCCCAGACUGCUACGCCAGUGCAGAUGGACGCCCGGGCGCCGGAAGUUCCUUGCGGGGACGUGCUGCAGAACGCGGCAGAAAAUCUACUUCAGGAGCUUGAAGAACACUUCCGAGCUCUGACAACAACAUUAAACCUCAGAAUGGAAGAAAUGGGAAAUCGCAUCGAGGACCUACAGAAAAAUGUUGAUGACCUAAUGUCUCAAGCUGGAAUCGAGAAUUCAGUCAAAGAACAGAUGACCUGAAGAUGUUAAAUGAGCCAUGUGAAAUUGCGAAAAUGGAAUCUAUACUGUUUGAGUAAUCUGUGCAGUAUGAAUUUUGAUGUUCGGUUUUUAAUUUUGUUUUUUGGAGACUUGAAAUCAAACCCA